UUUCACCACUGAUUUUGAGUUUCAAAAUCCCCAAAUUCUCGCACAACAAAAUCCAAUUUCUAGAGAGAGAAACAAACAGGGUUUUUUUUGGGUUUUGAAGAUGGCGAAUUCAGGCGUGAAUGAUGAAGUUGUUUCUCUGGAGCUUCCUGCACCUCCUGGCUGGAAGAAAAUGUUUCUGCCAAAGGAACCUGGGACCCCGAAGAAGAACGAAAUCGUGUUCACCGCACCAACAGGUGAAGAAAUAACCACCCGAAAGCAGCUGGAGCAGUACCUGAAAGCACACCCGGGCGGGCCCAAGGCCUCUGAAUUUGAUUGGGGAACUGGCGAAACGCCGAGGCGGUCAUCAAGAAUCAGUGAGAAGGUGAAGACAACGCCGCCACCUUCGGAAACCGAGCCCGUUAAGAAACGGUCUCGAAAGUCGUCAAGUGGAAAGAAGGGUAAAAAGGAGAAAGAAGAAGAGGCCCCUGAAGUAAUCACUGACAUUGAUGUCGAAAUGAAGGAAGCUGAAAAGGAAGAGAAAGAUGAUGGAAAAGACGAUAAUGCCCCUAAAGAAACCGAGGGAAAAGAAGAAACGGAGAAAACCGAGAAGGAUGAAGCAAUUGUAGAUGGUGAAGUUAAGCCCAUAGAAGAGAAAACUGACAAGGAUGAAGCUAUUGUAGAUGGUGAAGUUAAGCCCGUAGAAGAGGUGAAUGAAGCGAGUGAAAUCCCGAAAGUACCCCUGUCAGAGGUGAAUGACGAGAAAAUAUCCGACGGUCAAAAUAACGAAGGCGAAACCCGUGAACCGGAGAAAACCGAGAAGAGUGAAACGAAUGCUGACGGUGAAGAAAGUAAGCCCGUUCAAGAAGUGAGCGAGGUGUGUGAAAUCCCGAAAAUACCCCUGCCAGAGGUGAACGAAGAGAAAAUCGUCGAUGGUCAAAACAACGAAGGAGAAACCCAUGGUGCGGAGCCAACACUAGUUACCGAGGCUGAGAAAGAUGGCGGAGCUGAAGGGCAAAAGGGUAAUUUCGACAAUGUUUCCGAGAAAAAGGUGGAAGCGGAAGGAGAAAGCGUGGUGGUGAACGGUUGUCAUGUGGUGGGUCAGUGAGGUUGAAGCCGCUAGCUGAUUAGGUAAAGAUGGAGUAACUUGUGGCGGCUGUUUGUUGAUCUUUUUAACAGUCUUAUCUGAUUUCCGUUCGACUUUCUGUAUCUAUUGGAGUCUUUUUUAGCAGGGUUGUAAUGCAUUCGAUCGAGACGACGUAAGAGAUUGUUGAUAUUUGAUGUUUUGUGGUGUCUGUAGUUGCAGUUAAGGUUAAUUGUAGGUUAUGCAGAGAUGAUAUAUGUUUAUUAUGUACUAUGAGAAGCUGCCUUUAUGUUGUGGUGUUGCCAGUA